GCAGUCGAAAUGCGUGCUCUUGUGCACUCAUAACCUUUCACUCACACAAUCUUCAUUGAGCACGAUCUGAAAUAAUGCAGCUAUGAUUGAUCAGCCGGUUUCUACCGCCUCUUAUUUGUUUCCCUCGAUCUCCGUCUCGAAACAUACUGUGCCGUAAUCAUUCACCGGCAUUUCGCACGCUUCAUCUAUCGCAAUAGAUCUGCUCUGGCGCUCUUACAAGACUUUUCUCUUGACUUAAUUAAUCUGCGUCUUUCGAUCCUCUUAGCAUCCAUUCCAAAACCGCUAGGCGGCUCUCUUGUGCACAUAUCAGCUAUUUAUUCUGCGACCACUGUGUUUAUUCGUGCCUUUGCUCUUACCUAUCCUCCAGUGCUUUGCUUUCUUAUUUCCUAUCUCUCUUCAACAGGCUGCCUAUUUUUUAAGCCACCAUACCCGUCGCGAUGUCUACUCCACUAGUGACAACAACUCCAAUGAAGGGAUCGCGCAAUCCUAAGCGACAACAAAGAAGGAACAACACACCUGCCUCCCAGGGCAAAACCGUUAUGCUGUCGACGCCUCCUUCAUCGCCGCCUCGAGUGUCAAGCCCUGGCGACUACUUUGCUACAGGCACACCGGGUGUUUACAACGGAGACAACAACAGCUCCCGCAAGAAGAAUGACAAUCGUCCUAGCAAGAAGUCCAGGGAGAACACUCGCCUGACCAAUGCUCCCCAUAGCAAUGGUCCAAGCAUAGCCUCUCCGCCGCAACUUAAAGACAGCCCACAUUAUGCCGGACCAACUUUCCAUGCAUCCCCCGCACCGUCUGCACUUCCGAUGCCGUCAUUCUUUUCCAAGUCUGUCCCCGACUCCGGCCUUUCUGCUGCAUUAGAGCUUGACGAUGAGUUGGAUGAGGAGUCAGCGCCAGAACUUACUACUCCCUCAAAGCCUAAAUCGAGUGCUUCUCGCAUCAAACACGAACCUUCUCCUUUGGAUUUCCUUUUCAAGGCCGCCAUUGAUGCACGAACCAAGUCUCAACAGAGCCCUGAGGCUGUUUCGAAGAGCACAGUCUCAAAAUCUACUGAUGUCAUAACCAAUCAGCGACAAGAUUCGGCCUCAACCGGUAUAUUCUCGCUCGAGCUUGAUGGCUCGGAGAGGACAACACCAACCUUUUCGACCCCAGUUUCUUCAUAUAAAACCAAGAUGAAUGCCUUGACCUCUAGUGGUACUAAACAGCACUGGACAACAGAAAUGGACGAUGCUCAACGAAAGAUGAAGACAGAAGAACUAAAGCACCUAUUACUAAACCCACGUCCUCAACGCCCGGCAUCGGUGUCUCCUCAUCCAAAAGGGCCAGCGCGUGGUUAUUUUCACAAUGCCCACGCUCCUCAGCACGCAGCUUCCGGGCCUCCAACUCCUGUCUCUUUCAAUGGUCAUGUUCAACAAAAUCCUGCUCAAUGCAUGCCUUACAAAUCUCCACCACAGACUUAUGCUGAGAAUAUCAAUCCGAUCUCGUUCCAUCGAGAUGUUUCUCCCUAUGCAAGCCCGGUCAAUGUUGCAAGAGCGAACCACUACGGAUCAUCCCUCCAGUCACCUUUCCGAGUUGGCCAACCUUCGCAAAUGUACAAUUCACCCACCCUUUUCAAUGCCAGACUACAAUCUACUCCGCCUUCACGUAAGCAAGAUCCCGACACCAAGAAAAUGGAAGAUGAUCUUCGAAGAAUCUUGAAAUUGGACAUGGCUCCGAGUAUGCAACCCAAUGGAGUGCAGAGUUCUCUGGCUUGAUAACUUUAAAUCAAAUUUCUACCCAACGACCGGUUAUUCUUGCGCUAAAUUUACUUUGGUUCUCGCUCUUUAUAUGUUUCGUCUUAUGAUUUUCCAGGCAUCUAUGUUGUUAUAAGGUUUCGAAGGAAGACUGCGCGUCACUCGACUAGAUCGCGAGCUCAUAUGUUUUUGGGAUCCUUCUUUCGGUGUGGUCUUUCUGGGACUUUGUUUCGGUUUCGGUUUCAAGCUCGUCAUUGGUUUUUGUGCCUCCCCAUUCUCAUUUUACAGAUACCAUAUGCAUUACCAUAAAUCGGUUUGGGUCGAGAGAAUUUUAUGUCGCAUAUUUUGGCGGUUUUCUAUGGGGAUGGUUUUUACGGGUCGUUGCAAUGGGUAUAUGGGAAUCUCAUUUCUGAUUUAUGCGGGCUCAUAUUUCUUGGACUCUGGGAUGUUGUCUUGCUGUUCUCUACAUUCAUUACGAGGAGUCUGGAAGUUUCACAGCGCGCUGUUAGAGUCGUCUUUACAUUUUAUGACGGCAUACCUUUUACGACUUGAAUGGGUUGGUGCUCUGUCGCACUCUUCAGUGUUGAUCGCGGAUAUGAUUUCGAGACCUUUUCUUGACAGCAGAUGCUUUUGUACUUUGUUUUUUGCUUUCAAUCUUCUUAUUCCCUCGUAACCUCUCCCUUUCUUUCACACCUGUUUUGCCAUUUGCAGUUUUCGUUUGAGCUUACUUUGUCAGCUCGAACCAGUGUUUCCUGUCAUAAUUAACCAACUAUAUUCGCUCCUUAGACAGCCCUAAAGCAUGCCCCUAUUACGCAGAAGCCUUCAACCCGUACUAAACUAGUUGCUACUAGGAAAACUAUUUGAUAGCUAAAAUCUAUUUUCGGCAAGCCACAAUUCAUCUGAUCGACGUUCUGAA